AUGAAUUUCUUUCAUAGUAAAAAAACACAAAAAAGUAAUCGCGCAAGAACAAACCAACGUCCUUUAUUCCUUUCCCCUCCUUUUAUUGAUGCUUCUUUAGUAGAUGGAAGUUUUAAAAAAAUUGUUGUUUUACCAAAAUAUGUGGAUGAAGAUGAGUGGCUGGCUGUAAAUGUCUUCGAAUUUUUUAAUUAUCUUAAUAUGUUCUAUGGAACGGUUACCGAUUUCUGUACACCCACUAAUUGCCCUACUAUGAGUGCUGGUCCAAAAGUUUUUGCACACAUUUAUUAUCAUCAUUAUGAACAAAUUUUACAUCUUCGUGAAGAAAAGCAAUUUAAUUCUUUAUUUGCCCAUUUUAUUUCAUUCGCUAAGGAAUUCAAUUUAUUGUCAGAUAAGAAAGAAUUAGCUCCUUUGGAGGAAUUGAUUACUUAUAUGGAGAAUAAUGGUAGAAUUAGUUAA